AGUGACGACAUCGCGUUGGAGCGUUCCUUCAGCGUGCGGCACAGAGCAGCUUGUUACCUGCACGGGGACGGUGAGACAUGGCGAGCUGGUGUGUUCGAGCGGUGCGACAGAGCUACUGUGUGGUGGCGUCACCUGCGCUCCUCAGAGCGUCUCCCCGGUUGUUAUGCACGGCCACGAAGCAGAAGAAUGGCCACGGACCGGAGGACGAGGCCGAGAAGCCGGAGCAGAGCUCAGCUGAGAAGGUCCUGACGGAGGAGAAGACACAGCUGGAGGAGCAGCUGAAGGAGAUGACGGAAAAGUACAAGCGGGCCUUAGCCGACACAGAGAACCUCAGGACGAGGAGUCAGAAGAUGAUAGAGGACUCUAAACUCUACGGGAUCCAGGGUUUCUGUAAGGACCUGCUGGAGGUGGCUGACAUUUUGGAGAAGGCCACAGAGAGUGUUCCUAAGGAGGAGGUGACGAGCCAGAACCCUCACCUGAAGAACCUGUACGACGGCCUGGUGAUGACCGAGGUCCAGAUCCAGAAGGUGUUCACCAAACACGGCCUCCUCAAGCUCAACCCAGACGGCCAGAAGUUCGACCCGUACGAGCACGAGGCGCUCUUCCACGCCCCCGUGGAGGGGAAGGAGCCGGGCAGCGUCGCCGUGGUAACCAAAGUUGGCUACAAGCUGCACGGUCGCACGCUCAGACCGGCGUUGGUGGGCGUGGCCAAAGCCCCCUAGAGUCUGUGAUGUAACUGUGACAGAGUGAGGUUUGUUUUGAUGCCUGAGCGAUGGAGGAGCUCAGGUACAGCAGACUGGUCAGGUCAGCCCGACACACUUUUACCCACAAUCCUUUACUUUCAUCAGCCGCCCCGAGGCCUCAGGACGGGAAUCACAUCGAGCAGGACUCUCUGGACCAGCUCCACCCGCUUUAAGAUGCACAGUUUGAGUUAAUUCAGAGGAUCAUCAUAAACAUUCAGAGGACGAGAGGCUGAGACAAAUCCAGCUGUGCUGAGUCUCACCUGCUGCUGUCAUUCCUGUCUUUAGUCUCAAACUCUCAUCACCUUACCUGUGUCUCUCUCCAUGUGUGUGGGGUUUAAUAAAUCCAGUGAAUCAAGUCUGUAGUACGUAAAGACCGGUCUGAGAUGUUACUGAGGCGGCUCUCUGCACUGCACUCACCUGUGAGGCUGCUGGGAGGUGGCUCUGUGACGUCCACGGUUAGGCUCACCUGUGCAGGACGCUGCUGUGAAAACAUUAGAGCAUGUGUGGAUCAUCAGAACCAUCAGUUUCAGAAUAAAGUGACCAACUUUAAAAA